GGUUGUAUAGUUACGCCGAUAAUCCCAACGCACUGGAAUCCACACCUUUGCUGAAACAUGCAGGGAGUAUGAUGUCAUCAAUAACCACAACAAAUGAGCUGAACCAUACUGUUGCUUUCAUUGGAACUUCAACUGGAUCGUUGUUGAAGGUACACAUAGAGGGCGGUACAUCAGCCCGGCAUUACGAGAGCAUUGAUCUUGGAGACGCUCCAGUACUCAGGGAUAUUGCAGUGACUGACACAAAGCAACAGAUUUAUGUCCUUACCGAACAACAGCUUCUGAAACUAAGAGUUGAACAUUGCAAUCAGCACACAAGCUGUGAGACGUGUAUCGGGAUGGACGGAGACCCGUACUGUGGAUGGUGCACGCUGGAAAACAAGUGUACCAGACGCUUGGAAUGUAAGAGAGCGGACGAUUCUACUAACCAUUGGCUACCGUAUAAUGAGACUCAGUGUGUGGCUAUUAGUAGUGUACAUCCAUAUACAAGCUUACCGUUUACAGAACCACAGAAAUCGAUCGUACUGACUAUAAAGCGCCUCCCCGAACUUCAAGAUGGCGAGACCUACUCUUGCAAGUUUAAUGAUCUGCCAGUGUAUCAGGGAACGACAACUGGAAAUACUGUCGCUUGUAGCAUUCCUCCACCAAUUGCUCGGCCAAACCUCCCUCCAAAUGAGGACCAUGUGUACAUGCAGCUUAGUGUUGUUUCAUCGGUUUCCAUGGUGGCGUUUAUCUCCACCGAGUUCACUUUCUAUCAAUGUUCACGGCACAAAAGUUGUGGCGAGUGCGUAACAAGUUCUUGGGACUGUGAUUGGUGCGUAUUUGACAAUACAUGCGCCCAUCAAAGUACUGACUGUUCCAACGAAUUCUCCAUUGUCAACGGUCUCAAUAAUCCUGCUGGGGCAGCAAACCGAGGACCAACCUUAUGUCCUCAGCUACAACCGCAGUAUGGGGAGGUUCUUGUUCCAGUCGACAUUCAACAAGAAAUACAAGUCAAUGUCUCCAACAUACCAGACUCCAACGAGCUCAACUAUAAGUGUUCCUUGUUAAUUGACAACCUGCAACAGAGUGUCAAAGCUACUAGAGUAUCAGAUGACGUCAUCAUAUGUAAUAGUCGAUCGUACACGUAUGAGGCGGAUGAUGUGAAUGAGUUUGUUGCGCAACUGUCAAUAAGUUGGAACAAUGACCGGGAGCUGGACGAUUUCAACAAAUUCAACGUUACGCUUUACAAAUGCCAUGUAGAUCGGCUGGACUGCAGUCGAUGUUUGUCAGUAGACACUGCAAGACCGGAACUGAAAUGUCGUUGGUGUGGUACCCAAUGUGCGAACAUAGAAAACACAGUGUGUUCGAACAGCGCUUUAGCACCAGGUGGUCAGUGUCCGGCACCAUAUUUAGAAAGGGUAGUUCCUGUAUCUGGUCCAAUGGAAGGCAAUACCGUUAUUAAAGUCAUCGGAACCAAUAUCGGUCAAAGAUUUCAAGACGUCCGAAGUGUGAUGGUUGGUCAGCAGCCUUGCGACCUGACUGGACUUGAAGAUCAGUACAUCACUGGUCAAAGUGUAAGCUGUCUCACAGCUCCAAUGAGUCAGUAUAGUACGCACUCUGUCACCAUCUCAGUGGCUCCUGUCGACGGGGACGCAUCCCUGCAGAGUACGGGGAAAGUGGACUUCACGUACACGGAUCCAAUGAUCAUUAAUUUCCAUCCAAGAAUUGGACCUGAAGCUGGCGGUACUCUGAUAAACAUCAUCGGCGUCAAUAUGGACGCUGGUACCGAUAUCAAAGCUAUGGUUGAUACCAAUGUACCAUGUGCAAUCGUUUGGCGUAACAACACGGCUAUUGUGUGUUCCACCGCUGCCUCCACGGUGGGUAAAACUGGUCGCAUCACUGUUUCAUUUGACGGUGCUCUAAGGAGUUCAACUGAUAACUUUACUUUUCAACCCAAUCCGGAUGUAAUCGACAUACAGCCCAGGAGGAGCAUCAAGUCCGGUGGACGGAAACUUACGGUUUCAGGAACUGGUCUAUCCGUGAGUAGAGCUACGAUGUUUGUCCAACACGAUAAAGGGAUGGACAACAUGUUUGAAGAAUCCUGUGAGGCGCAUAAUGAUUCGAUCGUCGUUUGCACGUCCCCGGCCAUUAAGCUACCUGAUACGAUGACGUCAUCAUGCACUGACGUCACUGUUGGGUUUCAGUUGGAUGGAUUUGAAAUGCUCUUAGAGACAACAGAAUUCAGCUAUUGCUUGGAUCCAACUUUUGACAAUAACGAAGAUCUUGAGGUUUCGGAUAAACAUUCGCUUCAAAUUAAAGGGAAGAGGCUGGUGUUGGCAACCGAUAAGUCUGAAGUGUGGGUCACCGUUGGCGACAAAAACUGCACAGUGACAGAGCUGGGUAGUAUCAUUCUCUUUUGCACACUACCCAUGGAGCGACCAGGUUCAAAGAGUGCUAUGGUUAGAUGGUACGGAAAUUUAACCUUUGACAUUGGUGAGGUGACCUUUCCUGCAGACGGUGUGACACUGACAUUAGUUAUCAUCUCAUCUGUGGCCAUAGCCUUUCUCCUCCUGUCUGUGAUCUUACUUGCCAUGUAUUUCAGACAAAGGAAAGAUUUGAAGGGUCGUCAUGAGCGUCUGUUAACCCGCAUCAGACAUUUUCACGAAGAUAUUCUCGAGAUGGCCGCAGCUAAAGAACAGGCAUCGCCGAGUACUGAAACUCCGCAUAAUAUAAAAUCUUCACAGCAACCAGUCGUUCUCAACAACAGUGUCAACAUCGUCCCCGAAGAUGUACAAAUUACAUUCAACCAGUUGGACAUCGGUAGAUUACUCGGUCAGGGUGCUUUUGGAAAAGUGUUCAAAGCUGUACUCAAAGACAGCCCAACCGGGCCACAUCGCACAGUCACUGUUAAAACGGCCUCAGAUGUCGAUGACCCCGGCAACGUCAUCAAAUUUUUGGAAGAAGGCCUAAAAAUGAAGACUUUUGACCACCCUAAUGUGCUUGGGCUCAUUGGACUAACCUUUGACCUAGAAGGUCAACCGCUGAUCGUACUUCCUUUCAUGGGAAAUGGUGAUCUCAAGUGUUAUCUUGAGAAGUACAAACCUGAGGCAUUGACGGUUUUGAAGUUCGCCCAACAUGUCGCUCUAGGAAUGGAGUACUUAGCAGAUAGGAAGUUUGUUCAUCGGGAUUUAGCUGCGAGAAAUUGCCUGGUUGAUGAGAAACUUGUAGUGAAGGUAGGAGAUUUCGGACUUUCACGUGAUCUAACUGAGGAGAAUUACUACACCAGUAAUGAUAAAGAGGCCAAGCUACCAAUCAAAUGGAUGGCUCUAGAAUCUAUGGAACGCCGAGUGUAUAACACUAAAACAGAUGUGUGGUCGUACGGCGUACUGCUAUGGGAGUUGUUUACAGGAGGUCUGGUGCCGUAUCCAGGUAUACCGAACAAAGAGGUUUACGACUACCUGAAACGCGGCCAUCGCAUGGACGCACCAAAGUUCUGCCACAGGAAAAUCUCUGACAUAAUGAGGAGCUGCUGGAAUGAAUCGCCAAGGAAACGAUGCUCUUUCCAGCAGAUAAUCAAAUCACUCAACGAGGUUAUGGCAAUAAUGACAGGAAACUUUUCUCCUCUGGAUUUGGAAGAGCCAGGAUGCGCUGCGGCAAACGCCGGGUACCUUAUCCCUAUGAAAGCAAUGGAUGGGGGGUUUUCCAUAGAGGAGGGGAAGUCAAUGGGGAAAAAUGCUUACGCGAAUGUUACUACGCGGAAGUAAUGUAUUAAAGGCGGGGAAGCAAUGGGAGACUUUUGGACGCUUGGUGGCAGCAAACUUACCAGGUAAAAUUCAUUGUUUUCGGUAAUGUGCGCGUGCUCAAAACUACUAUAGUAGUAACUAUACGUGAACAAUGGCACUUUACCUGGUAAGUAUGCCUAGUUUACAUAGUGUUCAAAAGUCCCUAUUGAUAUCCAGACAUCAGUGGGUUUUUUUUUCUCAGAAUUAUGAGGCUUAGGAAAUUGCAAUACCAUUGCCAUUACGGGAAAGCUCAGUUAAAGAACAGCCUUUUCCUCUGGCAACUCACACCUGUUAUCUCAAUGUAAUUCACUUUCCAAACUGUGGUUUUAAUUAGAUCAUGUACGAACCAAGACGGGUGGUGACCUGCCCCCGAUAAACUGCUGGUCCAUUAAGUUUAUUUUUACAAACACAAAAACAUGUUGGUUAUGAGAUGCCUAUAAUAUGUUUAGCACUGUGUUACGACCGGCUUUGCCUUUGCACUGUAAAAGGUACUGGAUAGUAUUGGUAAUUAGUCAAAACAAUUGUUAGCAUAAAACCUUCUUGAUAAAAAAAGCAAUGGUGAGUUGUUGAUAGUAUAAAACACUGGAGAAACUUCCUCCUUAUAUGUGGUUUUUGAGAAAGAGGUAACUCACUCAAAUAUACAUUAAAAACAAUAUUAUUAAAAGACUUAAGGGACACGUUACCUGGGAUCAGGUGAGUUCUAUGAAAAGCGUUUCAAACCGUAUAAAAUGAAAUGCAUAUGGCUGGAAAAAUAUUGUAUAAAGUAGAAUAAUAUGAACCGUACAAAUAUGGUAAGCACGAUUUUCCUUAUAUUUUGCGAACGUCGGCCAUAGUCAAAAAUUGGACUCCACAAAAAUGGCGUGCCAUGUUAGUUCACGAUGUUAAAGAGCCAAUAAAGGAUGAUCUCAUUAUUUCAACUAUUACUUUUUUAUGGCCAAAUAGACAUCGUAGAUACCG